UUUAAAAAAAAAACUAGAGUAGGAAAAGGUGGAAGACCGUUACUAUAGAAAAUGUUUCAACCCCUCAAACCACUAGGAUUUAAGAGUGUGGUUAACAUAUUGUGCUUUUUAAAGGUGGCUUUAAAUGAACCUGCUGGUAUUUAAAAUUCUGAUACACGAUUGGGCUUGCAUCCAUGUGUCAGACCUUUACCAAUUCUGUCUUGUUGAAUUAAUUUAAAUAAAGUUUUGUUCUAAAUUUGGUAUUCUGUCACUUUUUUGUUCCAGCCUCACAAAAUGAUGACAAACAGGACAGAUCCGCUGUUGGAGCGCUUUGCUUUGUGGCUGGCUCUGCCUCUUCAGUUCCGUGUUCCGAAGCCGUGCCGUGCCGAGCCGUGCUGUUAAAACGCAGAGCACAUCACGCAGCUGCGCCGUUUCCUUUUCGAUUCUCAUGCUGAUGGCCUCAUUUAGGGCAACUAUUGCCUCUUUUCUCCGCUGCCUGCGGGAAACCCCAACCCACGGCCAUUUUCAUGGUCACACCAGCCGCGGGGCAUCCAGAGGUGGCAAAAGUAAACGCGGAGUUUUUUAAAUUUUUAUUUCUUUUAUCACGAGUUAAGUGUGGGGUUGUAAAUCCACCCAGAACACCGCACGGUUGAAAACGCCGCCGUGAAUACAAUAAAAUCUACAUUAGCUCGAUGCGAGACUUUGAUCUAAGCUUAUAAAAAUAGGAUUUAAAAAAAGUGUCAUGAUGUCCUAAAUGUUCUUUAAUGUGGGCCUACAGUAUAGGCUGCAUCAUUCAGUGGCAUCAGCUGAAUCUCCAAGGCGAGGGGGCAUUGGCAUUUUCUGACCCCCGCCACUGCCCCACUGGCUAGACAAUCUUGCAUGUUUUACUUUAUUAUUAUAAAUUUAAGAGAGUAAAAGACAAGCUUUGGUUAGUUGUCAAUUUAGUUAAUUAAUCAACCAAUUAAUUAAUUAAAAUAUGCUUGUCAUAUUUUUUUGUUUUGUUUUUCAGGGCAUGUCAUUAAAUAAAUGUCCCUUCUCACAUCACCCACACCCUUUUUAUAUAACAAAUAAAGGAGGCAAAUAAUUUCAGUUGAGAAGGCUUCGGUUGAACAUUUAUGUAAGGUUCAUUUACCUAAAAGCUUAACAUUUCAAACACUACAUUUUGUAGGGGGCUUAAAAAGCAGGUGCUGACACAUAACCCAGCGGUGUCCAAGCUGCCCACAACCACAAUUAAAAAUUAGGCUUUUUUAAUUUUAUUUUUAGGGUGAUAUUUUGUGACAAAUGAAAAAUGUCCUUUUGUUCUCAUAGUAAUUGCAUAGUAAAUAGAACCUCAAACAUCCAGUAACAUUUUACUCAUAAAUCAGACUUGCACCCUUUCAUUAAAUUUGGGUAAAGAUAUGAAGGGUUUUCAAAGAAGGAAUGUUCUUGUUAUUGAGCAUACAUUGUUCUUUCAGAUAAAGAAAAUACAACCCUCCACCCCACCCAGAAGAAAUUGGAAACUAUAUAUAUAUAUUUUUUUUAAUAACACACAUUAGGACCCUACAAUGAUUUACAGAUUCCUUGGCUAAAUCAGCUACUUUGUUGGUUUCCUAAAAUAUUGCAUGUUUACUUUAUUCCUGAGUGCCAUAAAACACACAAAUGUUAUAUUUAUCUCUUAAUAAAAAAAAAUCUAACUUGUGACCUUUAAGAACUUUCAACUUUGAUGACUUUGGCCUUAGUGGCAAAAAAGUUUGGACAUAACUGGUACGAGCUCAUUUCUGAGUAUUAGGUUGUUUACAAGGAUCCUAGAGAUAAUCAAGUAUUUGUUUUUUUUUUUAUCAGACCUAAAUUUCAAAGUUCUGUCAUAAAAUUUCUGUUCUUCUCACCCUUCAUUAUUAUUAGUGACCCCCAUCUGGCCACCCUUUAUAAUACUUUUGGAUGCACCCCUGUUUGCAAUUAGUUUCCUUUUUUCUUGUUUCAAGCUCUUCCCUACUAAUAGGUAUCCUAAACCUAAAGAAUGGGCCUUUCGCAGCAACCAUCCAUUCCCCCACCCCGUCGUACUAUGCCUCCCCCGUGGCGAGGGGGCUCUGAUAGGUCCGAAGGAUUAAUGGGACUGGCCUGCAGGAGAGAAGCAUCCCUCUAUAUAAAACCUCUGCGCUCACUACUGCGAACAGUCUCAUCUUUGGACAGCCAGACCACAGACGCGUUGUUACGCACGACGCACCAUUACGCUUGUUUUGGCAUACAAAGUUUAGGCGCGAACAUGAUUCUGUCCGGUGAAUCUGAAUCGCCUCACCAAACUGGACUGUCCGUGGAAGAGAAUGAGAUUGAUAUAGUGGGAAAUGAAGAGCCUAUCCUCCCGCUAGUGUUUAGAAACGAGUGCUCCACGGACGCAGGAUCCUCGACAGAAUCUGGUGCGGAGUUUGACUCCUCAGAGCCUGACUCUUCUGGGGAAAGCGAGAGCAGCUUCUGUACGGACGCUCCGACGCCCAGGAAGGCUCAAGGCAGUUCGGUAAAGCCUCCCUACUCCUACAUUGCCCUUAUCACAAUGGCCAUCCUGCAGAGCCCUAUGAAGAAGCUGACACUGAGUGGCAUCUGCGACUUCAUCACCAACAAGUUUCCCUACUAUAGAGAGAAGUUCCCCGCUUGGCAGAACUCGAUCAGACACAACCUCUCCCUCAAUGACUGUUUCAUCAAGAUCCCAAGGGAGCCUGGGAACCCGGGCAAAGGUAACUACUGGUCUCUGGACCCUGCAUCUGAGGACAUGUUUGACAACGGCAGCUUCCUGCGCAGAAGAAAGCGAUUCAAGAGGAACCAGCCUGAAUUCAGCAGGGAAGGAUUGUUUUACUCCAGCCUGAGCAGCUACAGGCCGUACGGACAGCCGUAUAACGCUCAGGGGCAGGUAAACCUCAUACCUGCCUCUCCUGUUCGGUACAUACCACUUCAGGAUGGCACCAUGAUGCCCCCCUCUUCUUACCACCGUUUACCGCAUGCCCUAAAUGCUCACGGGAAACGCAGCGGGCCCAAAGACUCCAGAGCGCAGCCGUGCGUAAGAGAACCAAAGUCUGACGCUCAUGCAAAGUGCUCAUUCAGCAUUGACAGCAUCAUGAGCAGACCAUCACCCAUCAAUCCACAAAACCCACAUCCAACCCACCCUCUUCACAGCGGCCUAGAAUUUGGCCAUUUGAUGUCAAACUCAGCGGCCCGUUUGGUACCAGCUCUUCUGCAGCCUUUAAAGACUCCUAUCUGCCCUCCUGCAAUGCUGAGCAGUGCUCCUUUAAUAAAUGAGCAUCUCAUACUCUCUUAUCCUCGAUGCUGAGGCCACCUGAAACACUUUACAGCCUGAUGUUUUGGUCUGUUUCUUAAAGAAAUACUUUGAUUGCAUGAUAUUUAUGUGCGUUACCUGUGUCUUUAAAGGGUGCAAUGUAAAUAAGAUGAGUGGUAAUAUAUCUGGAACAUUGAAUGGGGAUAAAAAACAAUACUUUUAUUGUUUUUCUACAAACUAGGGUGUUAAAAUAAAGGUUAAAAAAUG